AGAGCGAAUCAACAUAUCUGCUUUCUCCAGAAGAUGAUAUUUACUUUUGGGUCAAAUUAGCUGUAACGUCUUCACUCUCCACAUAAAACAAGAACACACCACUUAAAUAAUUACUAUUUCUAUUUCUUCUUGAGCGAUAGUGGAAUUCAUUCUCGAAUCCUAGAAAAUUCCAUUUACAAGGAGAAGAGAGAGAGAGAGAUAGUGACAUACGAGCUUGUCUCUCUGUAUCCAUUUUUAAUCAGAGAGUUCAAGUUUCUCAUUUAGUUCUAUUCCCUCAGAAGCUAUGGGGCUGUUCAUAACCUUAUCUCUUUUGUUCCUUUCAUGCUUUGAGAUACAUGGAACCAUGGCUGCAGAUGAGAGUUCCACGUUUUCGUUCGAUGGGUUUGUCAAGUCUCCGACUUUUGACAAGAGUGUUGCACUGUUCGGGGAUUCGAAGCUGGUCACUGACACUUCUUUGAUUCAGCUGACUGACUCAGUGAGUGGACGCGUGGGACGAGUCGUUUACAGGAAACCCGUCAGCCUUUUCCAAGGUAAAGAGAGGAACUCGCUUUCUUUCUCGACUCACUUCUCGUUUUCUUCCAUGUCCGAUGAGAUUGGUGAUGAUGAUAUCUUGUCUUUUGUAAUGGUUCCAAGUAGUUUGGAUCUUAGUCUGUUCGGUAAAAAAGAUAACAAUUUCUCUGCUUUAGAGUUUCUAUUACAAAAUGCAAAGAACGAGACAGUUGUUGCUGUUGAGUUUGAUAUCUCCAAGAUAGGAAACUGUGCAAGAAUCUUAAUUGGUGGACCUGAAUCUGCCGAAAUCAGAAACCUUUCCUUUGUUGGUGACUUGAUGAUGAACAAUGGAGGGACUUUGAGCUGUAUGAUUGAUUACGAGGCAAAUUCUAAGAGAAUGAUGGUUCGGUUCAGAAAAUCUGGUUCCAUAAAGCUCUUUGAUCCAUUCUUCUCUUUCUCGCUAGACUUGGCCAAGUUAUGGGAAGAUGGUCAAGUCACUGUGGGUUUAAGCUCUGCCAAUGGAAACUCUUCCAAGGCACAUUUUCUCCAUUCAUGGAGCUUUGAAACAAGGCAUCCUCCUCCAAUGUGGAUGCAUUCAGAGCCACUUGAACCGAAUGAAGUUUCCACGGAGGAGAAAGAGGGUCGAGGGAGAAGUGAGUGUAUAUGGAAAGUGCUUGGUGCUUUGGUUUUGGGUGCAGCUUGUGGAUCCUUAGGGGUAAUGUUGGCUUUGUAUCUCUGGACUAUAUGCCGUGUUAGGCGGUCAAUGGCCGUGGUUCCAGAGGAAAGUCCUAUUGAACAAGGCAAGAAGUAGUGACUAGUUUGGUUUUGAAAAGAUGUCUUGUGUUUUGGUGUAAAUGUAGGAUCUAUAAACUGUAGUAUCCUUCUUCUAUGACUUUUCCCAUGCAAAAUCUGAACUAUGACAGAUGUAAGCUUAUUAACAUGCUGCAAUAUUAGCUUAGUUAGUUGAUGUUGUUCUUGAUCCAUUUGGAUUUUGGAUGAUGAUGAGUUGUCAUAUAUCAUCUUCUCUGUUUCUGGA